CACGGAGUCCCAGUUCUAAGAAGGGAAGAGACUCGGCCAGUGACUCACCCUGUUGCUGCUGCUGGUGGCUCUGCUGCUGUUGCUGCUGCUGCUCAGGCUGCGAACGGAGAGAAGGAAAGUUACGCGGACAAGGCAUUUUCUAUUGGGUGGGAGAUGAGGCUUUCUGUCUGACAUAAGCUCUGGCAGCUGCAGGGAGACCGACUUGAUAGGAGAAUGAAGAAUAAGCUGCAUUGUUGUCUUCUCCUUGCUGUGGUUUUCUGCUGGGUGCCAAGUCCCUCCAAGAGUCAAGAACAAGAUUCAUCAGGAUUCUUUCUAAACCUGCAAUGCUUCACCCGCAAUCUAGAGACCGUCAUGUGCUCCUGGGAUACACCAAACACUACAAAUUCGGACAUUCUCUAUCAGAUUUGCUAUAGUGCUUCUAAUCCUUCCGCGUGUUUCAAUACCAGCAACAAUGCUCUGGAAGUGGAGUUUGAAAUGAUUGCACCACUGAGGAUAACUAUAAACGCUAACAAUGUUCAGGGCAGCCCUGAAAUAACAUUUCAGAAAACUAUGGAAAAUACCCCUUUUAUUCCCCCUGCACCGGAGAUUCUCUCAUUUGUGGCUGAUCAUCAGACUGAAUCACUACAUGUACAAUGGAGUGUGGACAACACCACCUUGCUAAACGAAGUAGAAGUCAGAUGUGAGAUCUUGAUUCUGCGCAGCGAGAACAUGGAUAUUGUGGAAAACGCAUUAUGGAAGAGACGCUGGACUCCAAAUGACGCUCUAUUCUACUGGAACUGGACGUCUGAGUUCCCCUUGCUUUGUACAUCACAUUCUGUGAAAAUAAGAUGCCUUAUUGAUGAUCAGUAUUACUAUGGGAAGAAAGACUGGAGCAACUGGAGUCGACUACAUACUGUGUAUGGCAGCAUUGAACAACAAGCGUUUCCCAUUGAUAAAGUGGUCUCUGUUGGCACAAACAUGACAUUUUGCUGCACAGGGACCAGCGGGACCAACCUGUCUGCAGCAUUGGGGAAUGAUCAAUAUCCACUGAUCCCGCUGAGCAGCAACAGCAGUGGCAUCCGUGUCCAGAACUUGCCAAUGUCAGAAGAGAGUGGGAUAAACUUGGUCUGCGACCAAUUUUAUUUUGGAACUGUGGUGUUUGUAGGAUACCCGCCUGAUAUACCCCAGAACUUCACUUGUGAAACAAAUGAUCUCCGGCAGAUCGAGUGUUGGUGGAAUCCUGGAAGAGAAACAGGAUUGUAUGGUGAUCGAGAAACAAUAUAUACACUCCAUGAAAGCCAAUCCGGGAUAACCUAUGUCCAUAACACAGACGAACAUUACAGCUGGACGCAUGAAGUCAGCCAGAUAUUCUAUUCGUUUUCUCUAGAAGCCGAGAACCCUUUAGGAAAGUCUCAAGCGUCCCUUUCCUUCAAUGUCACACAUCGAGUUCAUCCCAAGGCCCCAAGCAAUGUCCGAUUAGAAGAUAUCAGCCAUAAAGAAAUUUCUCUCGUUUGGCGUUUGGAUGGAAAAUUUGUCUCUCUACAACUCAUGUGUGAAAUUGAAGUGAAAGGCAAUAAUCAGGUGGAAAUGCACAAUGCUACAGUUAUUGGGUCAGAAGAUGGAAAUUACAGCUACAUUAUAGACAAUCUGCAACCUUACCAUAAGUAUGAUAUUCGCAUUCGCUGUGCUACAAUGGAUCCGUUCUGGAAGUGGAGCGACUGGACGGCUGUGAAGGGACACACCACUCUCGAAGCAGCCCCAGCAAGACAUCUGGAUAUCUGGUUAAUGAAUGCAAAGCAUCCUGAUGGUCGAAAUAUAACAAUUUACUGGAAGCCUUUACCAAUCACUGAGGCCAAUGGAAAGAUACAUUCCUACAACGUGUCUUGGCGUUUGCUCGGCAGCCCUAUGGAACCUCAAAAAAUUGAAUUGCCAGCGGCUCUCAACUGGACACAGAUUAAACUCAACAGCAGCGAUAAUGGGGAUUAUGAAAUUACUGUAGUGGCCGUUAACGCUGCAGGAUUAUCUCCACCUUCAAGGAUAACAACUGUGCAGCUGCCAAAUGAAGAUGCUGUUGCUGAACUCGCUGUUGGAGACGCAAAAGGAAUUAACAUCACUUGGCAGCUUGAUGAGAAUGCUUCUUGCGGCUAUGUCGUGCAGUGGAAGCCAUCGUCUCCUUUGGACACCUCAGCGCUAAUGUGGAAACGCUUUAAUUCCAACAGCUGUUUCAUUAGAUCAGAUCAGUUCCCUGUUGGUGUGAGGCAUAACAUAACAGUAUUUGCCUGCAAUGAUAAUCAGCACCGGCUACUAAAGAGAGUCACUGGCUACACAGCAGAGCUAACACCGAGAGUAGCACCAAAUUUUACUGUUGUGGAAACCACUUCAGACUCCAUCUAUGUGAAAUGGGAAGGGAUGCCUGAGGAGGAUCUGCGAGGGUUCCUACACGGCCACAUUGUGUAUAUCGUGAAGCAGGAAAACUCCACACCUUCUUCCAGCUUCAUCGAUUUUGCUGAUCACACAGAUAGCAAAAAUAAAAAGUUCAACAUCACUAACCCAGCAGUCCGUAUGCUGAAGAUACAAGACCUACAGAGUGGGACAAGUUAUCGCUUGGGGCUGCUGGCCUACACCGGAGCUGGGAAUGGACCCAUUAAAUCGUCCAGUGUUGUGACCAAUGACAAUGCUCUUGGUCUCAUCCUUGCCAUCCUCAUCCCGAUUGUGGUAGCCGUUGUUCUUGGCAUAGUGGCAAGUACCAUAUGUUACCAGAAGAGGGAAUGGAUCAAGGAAACCUUUUAUCCAGAUAUUCCCAAUCCAGAGAACAGCAAGGCCUUGCAGUUCCAGAAUGAGGCCAACAAAGGCAUCAAAACGUUGGAAAUGAACCCUUGCACCCCCAAUAAUGUGGAAGUGGUGGAGACCUUCUUCUCGACCGUCCCAAAGAUACUGGAUACAGAACUGCACUCUCCUGUGACUGAGGAUCCAAAUUACGAGACUCCAGAGGAGGACACAGAAGAUGAAAAUCAUGUUGUCGUCUCUUAUUGUCCACCCUCUGCCAAUGAGGACACAGGGAACCCAGCUUUAGAUGAGUCUGCAGCCUCCUCCCAAGUUCUGUACAUUGAUAUCCAAUCUAUGAACCAGCCACAAGCAAAUUCUGAAGAAGAACUUGGCGGGAAUUUUAAAGACAGUGCAGGUUACAAGCCACAGAUGCAGCUAGCAAUUAACACUGUGAAUAUGGAGCUGCAGCCUCCCACAGAGGAAGAUUUUGCUGCAGGUUACAGGCCUCAGGAAAAUCCCAGCACUUCGGUUGUUGGUUCCACAGACUCCCCAACAUCUUUGGGAAGUAAUAGUGAAAAUGCUUCCUUUGGAAGCCCUUGUUCCAUUACCUCCAGACAUUUCCUGAUUCCUCCUGUGGAUGAUAUAGACAACCUAAAACCCACCCCUGUAGGUUGGUCCUUAUCACUCUUUCAGAACAAGCAAGAAGACUGAAUGUGGAAUCUAAUGACAUGAUUGUCGUUCAGGUCAAUAUUGAAGGACGUGUCUCUUCUAAUGAUACGCAAGGAGCAACGGUCUUCUUCUAACUUUAUAGAAACGGGUUAGCUCACAAAUCCAUCCCUAAAGGGCAUCUGUGAAUAUUAAAGGAGCAGAAUGUAUUUCUUCCUGUAUCCUUAUCCAUACUGGAGAUCCGUUCUUUGUCUUACACUUGCCAGUAGCAGUCUCCGAUCUGUGGACGGUUUCUUAAAACUGAGCCACCCAAACUCAGUACUGGUCCAUCAAUGAAAAUGAGACAUUAGCCCUAGUGGGUUCAUAUUUUAUGUUAUGUUUGGACAUGUCCAUGUUUCCUUAUUUUGGAUUUUUUUCUGUGAAAAUGUAAUGGGUCUUCCUGGUUUGUGACCAGGGCAUUCAUGAAAGUAUUUGGUUCUGUUUUCUUUGUAAGAAACACUACUUUGGUUUUAUUAAGCGGUUAUAGCGAAUGUUAGAGCGAGCCAAUUCAAUGGAAAAUAUCACCAAAUAGAACAGGGAAAGGGUGACUGGCGCAAAUAGAGAUCGUAGCCUCCAAGCUAAAGUCAAGAGGCUGGGAGUUGAACUAUUACAAGAACAAGAGUGUUUAAGAGGUGACCAGCACCUGGAAUUGUCGUCUCAAUUAGCUUUUUAUGUUUUUUAAAUAAUUUUAUUUGCGUUGCAUCCGUAGCCAUCGUUCUAAGUAAAGCCACAUUAGGCCAUGGAAAAUGUGGUAUUAACAUUGGAUUAUCCUUCAUAGUUACUCAUACACUGGGCAAUUGAAAUCGACUUCCAAACAAAACAAAAAAAAUGUAAACUAUAAAAAAAUGUAAACUAGCAAUGAAAAUUGAAAGCAUUAGUUAAAUAGCCUCUUAUGCUGGACUUACUGUGACCCCAAUGAAUAAGGCAAUUGAUAGGCAAUGGUGGGAUGAUCAGAAUUGUAGUACAAUGGAGGGCCACAUGCCUUUGUUUAGAUUAUGAAUAUUUUUUUUAAAGGAGAAGGAAAAGUAGAAUCACUGGGGGGUGUCAAGUUGUUAGUGUCUUAGCUCCUACUCCACUCUGGCUCUCCUCUUAUUACAGUAGGUGAAACACAUUUACAUUCAUCAUAGUAAAGGGUAACUUUAACACUGGAUUGUGUUGCCUCUUUAAAGGAGAAGGAAAUGCUGAGUUUACUUGGGGGUGCCAAAGGUUAGGCACCCCCAAGUGAGUGUAUUUACUUACCUGAAACCCCAGGCCGGUGCUCCUAUCAGGAGAAAACUGCACUGGCCCGGGAUUCUUCCACGGAGCACCACAGAGCGAUCGGCUUCCAUCUUCUUUCUUCAAAUUUCCCAAGGCAGAUGGAUGAGCAGUAGAACAAAAUAAUCUACUUUGUUAAAGUUCAGAAGCGAUCGUUCUGUGGUACUCGCUGGAAGAACCUUGGACUGGUGUAGUUUUCUGCUGAUGGGAGCACCAGCCGGGGGUUUCAGGUAAGUAAAUACAAUCACUUGGGGGUGCCUAACUUUUGGCCAUUCCUUCUCCUUUAAGUUUCUCUUCUCCUUUGAAUGAAAAUUUCAGCCUGGGACAGUUUUUAAUGUCUAUACUGAUUCAGUGACCGAGUUAGCCUUUCCACAGGCGUGUUGGUGCACUAAGUGGUCUACUUGCCCUGCAAACACACUGCCGUUGUUGAUAACAUCUCCUGGAGUUUUUGUUUUUGUAUUCACUUUGUCUUAUGGAAUCAGCCAUUUGUAAGACUGUAGCCUCCUUCAUCAGAUCCUGAUAUGCUCAUGGGUUGAAUCUGAAGAAUCUCCUCUGCUUGACUUGGCCUUAGUUGCAAGUAACAUAGUGAGAAAUUUCAUAAAUAAGACCCAAUUUAUUUAGUCU